GAGUAAUCGCAAUGUUUUAUACCGACAAUUGUUGCUGCUGCGUUGAGCUAAAAUGCGGCUGCAUAUUGAUUGCAAUAUUCGAUGUGAUAUUACGCGGCAUAGAUCGAUUUCUUCUGGAUGGCAACUCUCUGAUGGGCAACAUUGCAUUGGUCGUCAGCGGGAUAUAUCUUAUCUCCUGUAUAAUUCUCCUGAUUGGAGCUCUCCUAGGUAUACGUUACCUCCUCUUGCCUUAUAUAUUCGUUGUCAUGGUACAUGUCAUCAUCCUGAUAUGGGAAUGCGGUUAUGUCAUUAUGAUGGACGACUUCUACGACUUUAUAAUAUUUGACAUUAUUCAAGCAGUGGUCAGCUUGUACUUUUGCCUAGUGGUCUACUCCUAUUACGAUACUAUAUAAAUUCGUAUAUAGCGCGUAUAUAGGUUGCAUG